AUGUCGACCGUGCUGAAGCCUCCCUUCACCGCCGCCACCGCCGAGCAGAAAGUGAAGCUAGCCCAGAAUCUGUGGAACACCUGCGACCCAGUCCGGGUGUCACUUGCAUACACGCCCGACACGAUCUGGAGGAACAGAGACCAAUUCGUCAAGGGCCGCGAGGAGGUGGUGGAGUUCCUCAAGAAGAAGUGGGCGAAAGAGAAGAAUUACCGCCUGCGCAAGGAGCUGUUUUCGUUCAACGACGACAAGAUUGCGGUUCAGUUCUUCUAUGAAUGGUGCGAGGACAAAGGCGAAGGGGAGGUGCAGUGGUACCGCUGCUACGGCCUCGAGGAUUGGACGUUCGCAGAGGACGGGCUCAUGCGGAAGCGCCACAUGAGCGCGAAUGAUAUAGCCAUCGCGGAAGAGGAUAGAUGGUUCAAGAACGUCGCGGCGGACGAUCUGGACACGUUCCCAAUCUCGGAGAAACAUCUCUGA